CUCCUUUCUUAUUCCCACAGUGUAUGCUACAGGGUAUCGCGGUGUAGUGUCCUACGGAUUCCACUAGAGCCUGCAAAUGAACGUUUCUUUCCGUGUUUCAUGUUUCAUGUGAAAAUUUCACACAAUGGGAGCCUGUAAUGUUCUACGAUCUCCGAGCAAUUGAGGUGCAAGCGUACCGCCGAACAGCUGACUAUAGGAAAGGCAAGAGACGUGCCGGUAUCCGAGUUCGCUGAAGAACACCUCCUAUCUUAAAAGCUACUGUUUGCAAGAAGGAAUACCUCUACUUUCUCGAAAAGCUGCGAUUGAAAGGGAAUGCAGAGUAUCCUACACUGAAAACCGCUGGAAGUUUGUUGGUUCGGUCACUGUGAACGGAUAUGUAGAUAUAUUUUUUAAAUGAUUUAUUCACUUUUUUUAUUAUUAUUUAUCAAGUUUUCGCCGAGAAACAUAGAAAAUGAUUCAGAAUAGCGGAGAUGGUUUUACACGUUUUAAUGAAUACAUCUUUGAAGUGUCCAUGAGGGAUUGCCCUGCACGCGCACUGUCGAAAGAAAAUGUGCGUGUAGCCUAUGACAUAUCUCUGUGUGUAAAAUCUGCCUAAACAAGAAUGUCGUCUGAGAUAAUGCGUAUUAGAAAUAGAAGAUAUUCCACGAUAUUGCUCUUGUUUUGGACGUAUAGUACAUGAGAGAUUAGGCUAUAUCAUUGGGAAGUCGAUUAUAUUGAUUACGCUCUUCGUGAGUGGUUGCUUUUCCUGUCUACAUUUAGCUGGAUAGUCGUAGUAACAGCUUACAUAUGAUGGAUGUCAAAGUGCAAACUGUACAGCUUCUUGACCUGCAAUGUCACUCACUCAUAAAGCCUACAUUACCAGAAUUCUGUUCGAUUAGUUUGCUGUCCACUUACAAAUAACUUUCCUCGACGUUGCUUUAAAACUUUGAAACAGAAUCUGAUCAUCACAGCAGUUUUUACGAGGAUGGGGGAUGCGGCUCUUCCUCAGCCUGCGGCAGGGGGAUUUGUACCCAUGUUAGGUGUUGGCAUGGUCGGAUCUGUGCCUGGCACCGUCGCCGAGCCGGUUUGUGGGACCAGGGGCUCCGUCGUGCCCCCACUGCACAACGCGAUAGUGGAACGUUUACGAGCUAGAAUUGAAUCGUGUAGAAGGCAUCACUCAAGCUGCGAGAGUCGCUACCAGCGUGGCCAAGCGGAGACUUCGGACCGUGAACACGAGAAUACGCUUCAUCUUCUUAAUAUUGUAAACCAGGGCCCGGGGCACAGGAAACCCAAGGCAAAUAAAGCCACCCCUCGCCAACCAUCAGAAUAUAACAGCAAGGUGAACGGUGAGCAGAAGUCCCUACAUGCAGUGGGAUGUGAGCCGAAGAAUUCUACGCGAAUAGCACUUCAAGGGUCACUAAGGAGGAAGAUCGAGGGGCAGCCGCUGGGAUACAACGUGAAACAGAACGGUCUCUCGGGCGGGGCUUUCGGGCCAGACUUUAAGCGCGUCUGCUUGGAGGGCGGGGCCAUGGGACACUCGGGCUGCGCGUUCAUUAACGGGCAGUCCCACUCCAGGCCAGGGGAGGCGCCGAUGAGCCACGGCCUGCAGAGGAAGGACAGGGACAUGAUGGCCCCGCCCAUGGGUGGCGACCUUUUCAGCCUGACCCUGAAGGAGAUGAAGAAGGAGCCCGGAGAAGUCCACUCGUGUGGCCAGCCGUCAGCCAUGGACCCCGCCGCCAUGGUGUUUGACUUCAAGGAGGAGGGCGACGGGCAGAUCGACCCCGAGCUGCAGGAUCUGUUCGAUGAGCUCACCAAGUCCGUGCCCUCCCUCAACGACCUGGAGCUGGAGAAAAUCCUGAAGCAGGAUGACGAUGAUGCUUUUGGCCUGGAGCUGGGACGUCCCAGCUCAGCGGGGGCAGGCAGGCCGUGUGGCCAGCUGGAGAGGGCCAUAAAAACCGAAUACUCCCCGGGGUACGGCCACGCUCACAGCCACGCCCGCGGCCACGCCCCCGUCGGGUCACCCCAGCUGCGCCCGGCUUCAGCGGGCCCCACACUGUCCUCCACGGUUUCCAUGGCCACCCAUAACCCUGGCCAGGGGUCGCAGGGGCUACACUGCUCUCUGACAGGCUGGACGGAGGGCUCUCGUGCAGAGCAGCUGAAGCAGAUUGCAGCCAAUCAGCAGCAGCAGCAGCAACCUGGCCCUAGCCUGCGGCCCCACCCCCAACACCAACAACAAAGCCAGCCUGGGGCUGCGGCCAACUGGUCACCUGCCGUGACUCCCCACUCCACCCCUGGGACUUUUGGCCAGGAGAAGACCCCCAGUCAGCAGACGCUUAGCCCCCAGCACAAGGGGAUGAGCAACUGCCUAUUCAAACUUACCGGCAGCGGGAAUGGCGGCUCCUCCUCAGAAAUGAAGGCCCUCGGCAGCAAGCCGCUCUCUCACUUCAGCCACAAACCCCACACCCAGCAGAGUCCCCUGAUGGGGGCACCCCAGAACAAACCCCCCCUGCACUACCAGAACCCCCAGGAGCAGCAGCAGCCACGGCCUGCACCCAGCCCCAACUCACACCAACCCCAACACCCCCAGCACUUCCACAACCCCGCCUUGCCCGCCUGCCAGCAGCCCAAACCCCCCCUGACCCAAAGAAUGCCCCUCAACCAGCAUGGGUCAGGGCUGCAUUUCAAGGUGGCGCAGCAAAGACAGGCCCUGCCUCCUGGGUCUCGCCUUCCGUCCAAUAUGAGCUUUGGGAGCAGGUUGACCCAGGCACAGCAGUCCCCUGCAACUGCCAGCAACCAGCCAAAGGUCCUUGGCAAGAACCAGGCAAUGCAGAGACAACUGGCUCUACAACAGCAGAUCGUCCCUGACUCGGACAAAAUAAAUCCACAAGAUCAGCUCAGCCGUCAUUUAACCAGACCCCCACCAGAUUAUAAACAGCCAAGAAGAAAUAUGGUGGGAGUGCAACAAGCUAAUCUUUACAAAGGAAGCGGGCUGCCUCUCAGCAUGAACUCAUCCCAGGCACCGACGAGUACCAUGUCCAGCCAGAGUGCCCUACAGACCAGCUCCUGCCACGUUCCUACUGGCCAAGGCACCAAGAUGACCGCCGCGCCCAAUGACAGACGAUUUGCAAGCAGGCCGGAUCCUUCACAGGGAAGGUAUAGCAUCCAGACUGUCAACCAGCUCCAACAACUUGGCAACCAGAACCCAGUCGGUCCAAACCACAACAGCAUGGGGUUUCCAGGGCCCGGUAUUCUGGGCGGGGCUUUUGGGUCGGGCCCUGGGUCAAAUGGCCAAAAUAUAAGACCUCCAGGGGGCCAGGAAACCGCUGGAAUGCCUCGGCAGAGACUGAUGAGCAUGCUCACAGGCAACAAUAAUGUGGGGGCACCCCUAAACUGGGGGCAAGGCUCCAAACAGACCCCUCUGGGCCUGAGGAGAUUCCCUGGCCCCCUCCUGAACCUACCACACUCAGGCGCUUGCAACAUACGUGGACCUAACUUCCCCCAGAGGCCCAUGGUCCCACCCAAUCAGAUGACACCAGACACGCCCAUGCUUCCUCUAAACCAGGUCAUAAAUGGACAUGGGGUGGGGCCCAAAAUGGCCCCUCUUCCUACAGUGGCAAACCUGAAUCAGAGCUCACCGACACUGGCACCGCCUUCCAUGGGCACAUUUGGGAACUCCUCUACCCAGAAUGGCCGUGGUUACCACAGCAACCAGAGCGGUGAUCUGACCUUUGACUUUCUCCAAGAUGGAGACAACACGGUCCCCGGUAUCAACUCGGACUCAGAUUUCAUUGAUUCCCUGCUAAAGUCAGGACCGGGGAACGAUGACUGGAUGAAAGACAUAAAUCUGGAUGAAAUUCUGGGGAGUCACUCGUAAAAGGAAGCUGGGGUGGAGAGGGUGUUCAGUUCCACUGUCAGAACAACAGAUUUCGGUGGAUGAUAAAGUGAUACCUACCAGACCUGAGUCAAACAUCAGUAACAUUAAAAAUAAUUUUAACUCUUUAGAUGCUAGGUAAAUUUUGAAAACACAGCUGAAGAUCCCUGAGAAUCUCCAACAAAGCAUGUCACUGAACUAUUAUCACCUGAACAUAUAUAAUGAUGAUGACUUUUUCUAAAAUCGGUAAUCUUCAGGAAUUCUACAGGUGUCUAAAAUGUUAUUUGACUCAGGUCUGAUACCUGUAUAAAUGUAUGUUAGAAAUGUGACAUGAGAUGCUGUAUGGGUAAAUAUGGUUGCUGGCUGCACAGUGCAAACAAAAAUACUUGCUUUUUAUAUUCUUACCUUUUGAUAAAAGUUUUGAAUUUUAUUAUUUUUUAAAAUAAUUUAUCGUCUCUAGCAAAAGCUUGCUGCUCAAACCUGACCAUUGAAUAUGUUAAAAAACAGACAAAAUAAAAAUGUGCAGUUAUGCAGAUACAUAUAGAUUAACGACAUCCUUUCUCUCUUGCAUUCUUUUGAUGAAUUGGGUUCUUUCGAUCCCUUGACCUGGUUAAAACCUUUGAUGCCAGUAUGCAUUGUGAAUUCUGAGAUGGUCAUGCUUUUAGGCACUCUGAAUUUUCUAAACAUUUGUGAACUUUCUGUGUAUUUGCUGUAUGUUUUAUCAUACUAUCUCAUUCCUACCCAUUGAUUUGAAUGCUUUGUCACCUUGUGAUUCACAUACUCUUAACAAAUAUACAAUUCAUUUACUGUACCACUUGCAACAAUUCUCUGUACUGUAUAUCUGAUUUGAAAUGUAAGUCAUGGGUUGUAUUUAAAUUUUAUUUUUUCAUAAUUGACAGAAGCAUUACUGGAUAAAUCCAACUGGAUCAUUUGCAAUAACCCUUCAAAAAUGCAUGAGACUGCUAGCCUAUCAACAUUUUAUAACUGCUAAAAGGCAUGUAAUUAUAAAUCUCCAUCAGAAUAUACAUCUAGUACACAUUAUUUAUUUGUCUUGUUUUGGAUUUUGUUUUCUGUCUGCAUUGGAACAAAAGAUUCGUCCUCUGUGAGUUUUGCGCAAAAGUAACCUGACAUUUUCCUGAUGUCUUCCUGAUACACGGUAAUGUUUUUGAUGAUUCUGUGCCCUCUUCUAUGAAAUGUACAGAUUGUACUACGUUUUGUACAGAAAUGCAAAGUUAUGUUUUGAUAAGUCAUAUAUCUUUCAGAAGAUUAUAUUUAUACUUCUGUGAAUCUAAUUAAGUAAAUGUUAUAUUUUAUAUGGAAUACUUGUCAACUACUUUUUAAAGCAUUUGUUAGUGUUAAUGUUGUGUAUAAAUGGUUCAGCCAGUUACUAUGUCUAUUCUGUAAAAGAGACAACUUCUGGUGGUUCAGAUGUCCCUUAAAUAAUAGUUAUCUGUAUUUGUCUUCUUUACCUUAUAAGUUGGGGCAACAGUUUAUCAAGGUUUCUCACCUGCAGUUCAGUCAUCCCUUAGCAAGAGGUCAAUGGAGACUUCUUGUCAGUCAGUUAUUGCAUUGCCCCUACCAGUAAUCUAUAUCAAUUGACACGAGUUAAGUACAGAUGAUCAUUUCCAGCAAUGUUUGCACAAUGAAUGAAUGAAUGACACAUUGGUGUCCCUUUCACACACAGCUUUCUGCACCACACUCUGACCCCUUCUUUGAAUUUAAGGAGUAGGCCAUCCACACCUGGAAUCACAGUGCCACUUCUUGUACAAUGUUUGAAAAUCCCACAUUUGUUAAAUUUUGGGAAUUUUGUAGCCCAAAUGCCAAUUGCGAGUGUCACAAUUUGAGCAUAACAUGCUUAAAUUACCUGGAUGUGGCAUCAAGCCUUUGAGGGUUUCAUUGUAUGCUUUUAACAUUCUACGUUAUCCGAGACAAUGCAAUUUCAUUUUUAAAAUCAACUUCUGAGUUUAAUAGGCAUCGCUUGAUGAUGUCCGUGACUGAGCUGUACCUUAGGGCAUCAAGGUCUAAUGUUGUGAGAAAGUAGUAGGGUGAUGGAUGUUAACAGGUUUAAUAAAGAACUCUGCUAAACACAAUGUGGUGGCUUUUCAUUCAGUCACAUCACAGUGCAUUUAUUCUGGCUUUACUCCACACAAAACACCGGGACAGGUCAGGCCUUUCUCCUGUUUUUUGUUUUUACUAAUUUUUACUACUAUUGGUGAGACCUAUGGUGAAGCGUUGGUUCGCUUACUGACAUCAGCUGUGAGACAAUUCAGUUCCUCUGACAAUAGUCCUCACCAAUAAAGGAAGGCAUCUUCAUUACUGCCUUACGGGACCAGCGGACAGGACAACUUUAACACAGUGCAUGAAACUCAACGGACAUCGAUGAGGUCAGAAUGUUGGGAGAGUUUCAUUACAGAGGGAGGACAGGCAGCUUAAGGAAGCAGAGCAGGCAGCACAAUAUUACCCUCAAUGUGCAGCAGAAGUGCAGAUAUUGUUGUGUUUGACAAAAUACCGUGCUAUGGGGAUUUUGAUCAUAGCCAUACACUCUAGAUUUAUGUAGUGCUCUAGAUAUUGUUCAGUUGCACAUUUUCUCCAUUCUCAGCCAUUGAGCAAUCUCAACUCUUACAUAUUUUUAGGCUUUUUCUUGCUACCCUCCUUUGUUUGGUCAAGCAGUUUGGAGGCCUGGGUGAUAUGAUGCAACUUUCACUUCUUGAUCAUUCAGCGGCAGCUAAAUAGUACUGGGAUAUCCAAAUACUUUGGUAUUUCUGUGUUCUUGUCCUAAUCAGUACCUUUUGCAACUGCAGUUCCUCACAAUGAAAUCAGGGAGACCAAAACAACAGAAUUAUCAACCAUUACACCAGCAAUUGUAAUCAGGACGACUGCAGAAACAAAUGCUUCUUCGACUACAGUAGCGGGCCAAGUUACCAGCUCAGCUGCUUCCUCUGCAUCUAUCACAACCACCAGGACAAUAUCAACUCUGAUGACAAGCACCAGUCAACCUCCUGGGUCUACAGCUACAGGUGCCACCAACGCCGCAGCCCAGACCCAUACUGCCUCCACAUUUGACACAGGCAGCUUCAUCGGGGGCAUGGUUCUGGCAUCAUCCCUGACUCUUGUACUGUUCCUUGGGUACAAGUUCUUCUGUUCCAGACAGGAAGUACGCUACCGUACCAUUGAGGAACAUGAUGCUAUAAUUUAAGAAGGGAAUGGAGAAGAUCCUAUGUUGGGUAGGUCUGAAGGUAGACCAUUUCAAGGAGUUCAUGGAAAUGCAAUUUUUUGUCAAAAUAUGAACAUAGACAGUUUUUUAACUUUGAACUAUUGUGAAGGGAAAACCCUGUCUCAGUGGUAAACCUUUGUAAAGCCUGUUUCAAACCUGACUGAAAGCAAUAAUUUUAAUGAGGCAGAGCUGGUCCUGAGUUUCCCCAAAACCCUUUGUAAUGCACAGGGAAAAAUCAUUUUUACUGGAGUUUUGGAAAGUAUAUUGAAAUACUGUAUCUGUUACAUUUUACUGAAAAAUGCUGCCCCUGUUCACAUAAUUUCUCAUUGAUUAGUUGUGUUACUGCAGUGUUGUAUUGUUGGGUGGAAAUCUUGAUAAUUUUUAAAUGUGGGACAAUCACAGAGAUUGCAAUUUUAAUAGGAAAAGAAAGAAGUUAUUUUCAUCCUAUUAGAAGAGUGAUGGAGGAAUACCUUUAACAAGCGAUUGUGCACAAAUGUUAUAAUCUCAGCUUUUCAGUGGGUUCUAUAUUUUUGUACUGAAAUAAAUAAAAAUGUGAAUUCUGUCA